CAGUUUUUGGUACCUAGGAUAUUCUGACUUGAACAAUUACUUCAAGCAGGAAUGCUUGUCUAGUUGUGUAAAAACUUCAUAAAGGAAGACAGUGGGUAAAAGUAAGCAUAACUUCAGCGUUAAGCAUAGUCACUGUAGAUGUCUACCUACAUUUAAUAUUUUGAUAGACUUAAGGGAAACACUUCAUCCUCCCACCGUUGUAGAUGCUAGGUAUUGCUGAGCUCUAAUCCAAUGAAGAUCAUUAUUGAGAUAUGGAAGGAAUCCACUUACACCUUAUUCACUUGCCUUAAGCAUGAUGGAGUGGAGUAAUACAUUAAGGAGUGAGAAUAUACUAGAAUACCUAAAGGGAGUUCUAGAGAUUAGAAAGGCAUAAGAUUUGGUAGACUACAGCCUAUGGUGUGACUGUUUCCUUCUUUGUGGCAGGUCCGGUUCAUGCAUGAUUAGAUUAGACAAAGAGGAACAUGGGCCACCGAUUUGGAGUCAGGGUUUGGACUACGUUGCUUGCAUAUAAAAUCAUUUGGUGAAAAGGGAUGGCUCUGAGCACUCGAGCGCACGCCUUCUCGGUGGAGGCCUUGGUGGGGAGACCCAGCAAAAGAAAAUCUCAAGACUCAAGAGAGGAGAUGCAGCCUGGGCUGCAGGAAGAGCGGGGCACACAGAAAGAGGAGGAGGUACCUAGCAGAGCUUCUGGGGACUGCAAGCAGCCGGAAAAGCGACCCAAGGCAGAAUCUUCAAAAACUGCUUUCUCCUCCUGCUCUGGCGGCGAGAGCAACAGCCAGGAAAGUCCGCAAGGAAAAAAUACUAUCCAAGUGGAGCUUCAGGGAUCCGACCUAUGGAAGAGAUUCCACGACAUCGGGACUGAGAUGAUCAUUACCAAGGCCGGCAGGCGUAUGUUUCCUUCUGUUCGGAUCAAGGUGAAAGGGAUGGACCCAGUGAAGCAAUACUAUGUGAUUUUGGAUGUGGAACCAGUGGAUUCCAAACGUUAUAGGUAUGUGUAUCACAGCUCACAGUGGAUGGUUGCCGGGAAUACUGACCAUUCGUGCAUCACUCCCCGAUUCUACGUCCAUCCGGACUCCCCUUGCUCAGGAGAAAUCUGGAUGCGUCAAAUCAUCUCCUUUGAUCGAGUGAAACUCACCAAUAAUGAGAUGGAUGACAAGGGCCAUAUCAUUCUGCAGUCCAUGCAUAAGUACAAACCCCGUGUGCACGUGAUGGAGCAGGACUGUAGGAUUGACCUGUCCUUGAUUCAGUCCCUUCCUACUGAAGGAAUUCAAACAUUCUCCUUUGAAGAAACUGAAUUCACUACGGUGACAGCUUACCAAAACCAGCAGAUUACAAAACUGAAAAUAGACAGGAAUCCUUUUGCCAAAGGAUUUAGAGAUCCUGGGAGAAACAGGGGUGUAUUGGAUGGGUUUUUAGAGACCUACCCAUGGAGGCCUUCCUUCACUAUGGAUUUUAAAACCUUUGUUGCCGACACACAAAGUGGAAGCAGUGGAUCAUCUCCAGCGACCUCUAGUGGAGGAGCUCCCUCUCCUCUGAACACCUUACUUUCUCCUUCUUGUUCUCCACCUACACCUUCGUUUCACAUACCUCCAGGCUCCUUUGGAAUGACCUAUCCAGAGACAUACCUGCACAAUAUAAACCUGCCCUUCUGUUACAAGAUUUGUCCAACUAAUUUUUGGCGACCACAACCUUUUGUCUUACCUACUCCCGAAAGGCUACCAAGCUUCAACAGUUCUCAGUCUUUACCCCCACUCAUGAUGGAAGUGCCCAUGGGAUCAUCUAGGGGCAUCAUCAAUUCAAACAGUGGCUUACAUGAAGACUGCAAUGGGCAGUGUCUACAAGCAUCUCAUUCUGCCAAUCAAAUUUUAUAUGGAUUACAGAAUCCUGGAAACAUUUUCCAGCCAAACCCCAUUGCCCAAGAAACACUCAGUUGCCCUUUUCAUCCUCCCCAUGGCUGUUAUAGGAACAACUUCUCCAUGCCAUCUAGACUCGAAAAUGCUACCAACCAUCUCAGUGAAAAUGACAACAGUCAGAUUUCUAAUUCACAUUGGUAUCCAGCAGUCAACCAUUGUCUUUAAUGGGACAACAAUCACAUUUUAAGACACUUACAUUGUGCUUUGAAAAUGAAGAGGCUUCUUCAAAACUCCCAAGCUGUGGAGAGAUGUUUCACACUGCUUUCAGGCAUGAGUUCUCCAUAUGGUCUGGGAAUGGACAUGAUUUCAUUCUUCUGUGAGGCUGAAGUAUGUCUGUGGCAGGAAAAGAAAUGAACUAUUAGUCUCGGCAAGUGAUGACUCAGUGAAUAAUGAAUGAGUCUUUGAAGCAUCUGCAUCUUAUGUGCUGACAACAUGACAAGGGUGCCAACAAUGCGCAAAGAGAAGCAUCUGCACUGGACAGUAUGAAAGAUUUUCCUUAAGUUCUCCUAACCGUUUCUAUUUUGCACCUUGGGGAAAAUUAAGGCACACAAAGCAAGUACAAAGGUAGCCAGAAUGUAGCUGAAAUAAAUGUGCUGUUUAAAUACUAAAAUAUAUUUUG